UAUCUCCAAAUAUAUAUACACAAGAUAAAGAGUUGAGUUGAAUAGCAUUCACAAGCUAGCCUAUAUCGCAGAGAUAUUUGAGGAAAUUAUUGAGACAUCAAUGGCCUCCGAGAGGGAAAAUUUCAACCUUUUUGGACCUUCGUAUCUUACUCCUAUUGAUUGGAAUAACUCGCAUCAUCGCAAGUCCAUUGCAGCCAGCUUGGUUCAGGGUGUAUACACACUCGAAUGUGAUCGCAAGCAAAAUCGACAAGGCCCUCAAGCUCUUGCUCCUGCUUGGUGGGAAUUUUUCAAUUUUGGACUAACCCAAGUGCUAGUAGAUGAUGAUGACAAAUCAUAUUUUGGAGCCAUUUAUGAGUUCAGGUUCCCCUACCCUUAUCCCAACCACAUAGGCCAAGGCCCCCCACGAUACGUGAUCGCCUUCCGUGGCACGACCAACAAAUCGGGAAACAGGACUCAAGAUUAUAAGCUGAAUCUUCAGUUUAUUGUCAACAAUCUCGAAAAAAGUCCGCGUUUUCAAGCUGGCAUGGAAGCUGUUAGAAACACUGUUCAUAAAGCAAAUGGCCCUGGAAAUGCCUGGUUAGCAGGACAUUCCACAGGGUCAUCCAUAGCUCUACUAAUUGGGAGGAACAUGGUAAAGAUGGGCAUGUACAUCUUGAAUUUCAGAUUAAUGUACCAGGAAGUGAUAUGCACUAGUAUUAUUGGCUUGUUCAAUAAAUAUGUAAUCAAUCAUCUUAAGACUGAUUUUAACUUGUUUAGGCUUAAUUACUUCAACCUUAGCUAA